AUGCUUUUCUUGAAAAUCCUCUUCAUAUGUCUCUUUGCAAGGACAUAUGCGAAGGAUCCGUCCAAGCUUUCGGAGUUUGGGAGAGAAUAUCCUCCAUUGUAUCAAGCAAAUUCAUUUAUUUCGAAAAUUGAGAGGACGCAUAGCAAAUGGACAGAGGAUUAUAUAAGAAGCAAAUUGUAUGCGUUAGCAUGGCAGAAUUCUAUAGAUAGGAAUAACGAUGCAUUUAUAUUUUCAUCUCUUAUAGGUGCAAUUAGUAAUAUGAAUUAUUGUGCAGAGAUGCUUCGGAAAAGAUGUGAAGUCUUAAAAGCUUUAGGAGGCAAAGUAACGGAAUAUUGCGUUGAUCCAGUAAGAACAUGUGGUUUUCACUUUCCCGUUAGACAAAUUCGAGCAGCCCUUCAAAGUAAUUUAAGGAAACGAUAUACUACUCGUACAGCAUGUACAGAAUAUUUGAGAACAUGUUUUUUUUUAAAACAUAAACUUUCAAUGGCUACUGAAUGUACUUUUUUGAUAGGAUCAUGUUAUUUGUGGGUUCGAAAACAUGUGGCAGAAGCCAUUUUGUCGGAGGUGAUGAGAGGAGACUUAUCUAAACAGACUUCUGCAUAUUCGUUGAGACGCGCUUGUGAAGUGGUUGGAGGAGGGAGUCCGGAUUUGCUUCGUUUAUGUUUUGAAAACGGUAAUCUGUUAAAAAAACUUAGAACUGGGUUACAGCAAGAAAUUAGUGCAUUAAAGACUAGAUUAAGUCUUGUUUCAUAUCGUAAUUGCUACUAUACGUUGCAACAAUGUUAUUAUUAUAUUGCUGAUUAUUAUGGUAUUUAUGAAGGAUGUAAGGAACUUCGUCGAGCAUGUGAGGAAACAGGUUAUUCUUUUAAACCACCCACUUUUUCUCCACAUAUGCUGGAGGAAACUAUUUAUCUAGAAGAUAAGAUCGUUAGUAUUGCUUCUGAGGUAUCAUCAUCGUUAGGUCUCCGUUUUAGCAGUUGUGUAACAAGACCUUCGUCCGAUAUUGAGGUAGCAGCAUAUUUAGUUAAUAAAACUUGGAUGUAUGAUUACGAAUGCACAAACAAGUUGCAAGGAGUAUGUCAAGAUAUUUCCUCUAUACCAUAUACGAGGAAAUUGUGCUCAUCACUAAAAAAUCGGGAUUCCAAGCCCUGCAAGGAUCUAUAUUAUUCUGUUAGGGAUGAAUCCUAUAGUUUAUAUAAUGCUUUAUCUGAUGCUGGAAUAUUGCGCAAUACUACUCAACGUCUUUCAUUACAACAAUGCGAUAUCUUUAUAGAAAGAUGUAGUUUUCUUAGGACUCAUUAUUCUUAUUGGAAUUCUUUAGAUACAUGUCUUAUUGUAUAUUCUGCAUGUUAUAAAGAAGAUAUAGAUCAAUCAGCUAAGAUCUAUCUUCAAACUAAAUUGAAAAAGGAAAUGAUUGUAGGAGAUAAAUUUGAUGAGUCAAAAUGUAAAGAAGCUGUUCUUAAGGAAUGCAGACUCGAAAAUUUAAUGUUUAGAUCUUAUUCUCUUAUGGAAGCCUGUUUUCACUCGGAAAGGUUCUGUCAAGAAAUAAAGAAGCAUCUUACCCAAGAAUCUAAGAAAUUAGAAGAAGAAGUAAAGAAAAAGAAAGGAAGUCCCUCCUUUUAUGAUUGUAAGGAAUUGGGGCAAAAGUGUAACUCUGGAUUAUAUUUUGGAUCAAAUGUAAAAAAUGAAUGUAAAUCUUUCCAGGAAAAAUGUAACGAAAAAGAAGUCUAUAAUCAACUCCUUAAUCAUACUCUUCAUUUAAACGCUUCUUUUCUUACAAGUGAAGAUCAAUGUAAAACUGAAUUCAGUAAAAGUAAUAGCAAUAAUCAUCGCUUCAAAGAAAUAAUAUACAAGAAAGAUGAUCCAAAAGUAUGCAAAGCUCUCUUAGAUAUGCUUAAGGAACGUUGCGAUAAUAUGGAAUAUGUUUUAAUAACUCUUAAAUCGUCUGCUAAUUCAUUAUCAUUAACUUAUUGCUCUUAUAUAUCAACAAACUGUAAAUUAUUAUCGAAGGCUUGCCCAAAAUUAAAAGAACAUUGCGAUCCUGUUGCCUCAGCGUGCGACACGAAAUCACAAGAACUUAAUGAACAAUCUUCUUUUAUUGAUAAACAUCCCAUGGAUGUAGCGGAUUCAAAAAAAUGCAAGACGAAACUACAAGAAUUAUGCAAAAAUCAAGAGGAAAAGAAAAAUUAUUCAUUAUUAUGUGCUAGGAACGAUAAUCAUGUCAGAUCAUGUAGUGACUUAAAGGAUUUCUUGGAGAAAGCAUGCGCGGCUCUCAGAUCAUUUUUAUAUUCAUUCCUUUCGGGAUCAAAAUAUUCAGAUAAAUGUUCUACUCUAAAAGAACUUUAUUUCAAAUUUAAAAAAAUAUGUUUAACCGUCGAUAAAUACUUUGAUUUAUCUCUGUAUGCCAAGGAAAAAUGUGAACUCGAUAAAGAACCAGAACCAGAAAAACCAAAACCACCAACACCAAAACCACCAGCACCAAAACCACCAUCUCCACCAUCUCCACCAUCUCCACCACAGCCACCACAGCCACCACAGCCACAACCACAGCCACAACCACAGCCACAACCGCAACCACAGCCGCAACCACAACCGCCAACACCAAAACCAAAACCACAACCGCAACCACAGCCACAACCACAACCAUCUACAAAACCAAAACCAAAACCAAAACCACCAUCUUCAUCAACCUCAGAAACGGAGGUAGAAUCAACAACGGAGUCAGGAUUUAUUUCUACAACAACAAGGAUAAUAACAACAUCAAUACCAGGAAAAGUACGACCAACGCAUACAGAACCAUCUACAAAACCAUCUACAGAACCAUCUACAAGACCGAAACCGAAACCAAGACCAAGACCAAAACCAAAACCAUCUACAACUACAAAACCAACUACAAAACCAACUACGAAACCAGAAGAUACUGGAACAAUUAAAGGAAGCAGCAUGAGAUUAUUAGGAAUUGACAGAAUAGAAUUAUUAUUUAUGACUAUUGCGAUAAUAUUUGGAAUAUGGAUGAUAUAA